AAUUAUAUAAUACAAUGAUGAAUGAAUGAAAAACAAAUGAAUCACAAAAAUGUUUUGGUCACUAGUCAAAGAAUGCUUGUGGGGUUUGUGGUUGCAUUUGUGGGAUUAGGAUCUAUGACCUCAGAAGUCACUGUGCGUGCAGUGGUGGAAAGCAGUCAUAUUCAUUAAAAACAAUGUUGAGGUACUUGUACUUUACUUAAGUAUUUCCAUUUUAUGCUGCUUUAAAAUUAUGUUUCACUUUUUAUGUUUCACUUUUUACUGCACUACAUUGUUGACAGCUAGGCUUAGACCCACUAGCUAUCACAAUACAAAAUGUUGCACCAAAACAACAAUGUAAUUAUACUCCACUACAAAGACACAAUAUUAAAAAAAUAGGUACAUUUGUCAAAUUAAAGCUAAAACCUCUGUACGUUUACUAAAUAAUAUUAGUUGCCUUAUAUAUUCCAUCUCUUGUGUGCAUGUUAAAAGUUAGUCAGUGGUCCAGACUGUAUUUAUGUUCUGGCGUUGACCGAUAGAGGGCGCUAACGGUUUAAGGUGAGACCUGAAACGGCGGCUCUUCUGCUGUCGUUAGUUUGCCCGUUGUUGUUAGGCAGGUUGUCAGGGGCAGCGCACCAACCAGUUAAACUAGCUAACGCGGGAUUAAGGGAUUUUAGGUAAUGAUGACACAUUUAUUUAUCAACGAAAACGAUUGUCGCCAUACCUUCUUAUUCAGUCGAAGCUGCCCUGUUUCUUUGUGUGAAACAGCAGGGACGACAGCGUCGAUUCUUCAAAUCGAAACAGCCAGGAGUUUGGUUUGCCCCGUAGCUAGCUAGAAUUGCUAACGUCAAGCAGCCAGCUAAUGAUAUCAAACAGCUAUAAAGUGAUAGACAUUGGCAGUAACGUUACCCUCUAAAUAGAUACCUCCAGUACUCCAUUGCGGUCAUUUGGUGCGAAAAUGGAAGAGGCUCUGGAAGAUUUAAUGGAGCAGGAAGAAUACGACGGCAGCGACAAACCACAAUCGUCCCUAAAAGCCCCUUUUCGCUCGACUCGAAUGCACAUACAGAGAAGUAGUGUCUGCUCUCGGGCUUAUUUCGUUGUGGUCAUGGUCUUCUUCCAUGUGUAUAUCCUGAAUGUUAUCGGCCUGCUGCUGUACGUGCACUACAACAACGGCCCCGGGGAUCUUGUCAGUGAAGACGGAGCCCCCUCAGCAUCACUCAGCGACAGCGGAACCCCUUUGCCCCAUCCUGACCCCGCUUCCAGAGAGCUACACGUGGGAGAAUAUAGUCAAAGUUUCAGUCUUCCUCGCAUUGAGGGGAUACGGGUGGGUCAUGUUCAGCAGGUGUCCCUCCUGCCAGACAGAACACAUGUGUUGAGGACUAUGAGCUUGAAACCUCUGCUGUUUGAGAUCCCUGGCUUCCUGUCAGAGGAGGAGUGCCGUGUGGUGGUGCAGCUGGCUCAGCUCAAGGGUCUGAUGGAGAGCCAGACAACAGCACCCAGCCAGGGACAAGUGGAGUCAAACCAGCCACUACUUUCUCUCAGCACAGAGGAGGUCUUCAGUCUGUUGGACCUAAACCAGGAUGGGCUGCUACAGAAUAAAGAGAUUGUGAGUCACUCACGCUCUCAAGAUGGAACUUGGUUGAACCCCGACAAUUUACGACAGAUACUCACUGGUCUGGAAGCCUGCCCAACAGGGAUCCUGACCUUGGAGGACUUUAGACGUGUGUAUGAUGUGUCCCAACGCCCAGGACAACAGCAAAGCAGGAAUCUCCGAAGUCGGUUCAAACAGAGAAACAAACAUACGUGGCUUUACCAAGGCCCGGGAUCCCACCAUGUGCUGCAGACACUCAGGAACAGACUAAUCAGUCUGACACGUCUGCCUUCCACACUGGUUGAGCUGAGUGAACCGCUGCAAGUCAUUCGCUAUGAGAACGGAGACUUCAGUAAUGCCCACCAUGAUAGCAGCUCUUCUCAAUCAGAGACGACCUGCACGCACACACGACUGGCGGGAAACAAAUCUGCUCUCACAGAGGUCUCUUGCAGGUAUCUUACCAUGUUAUUCUACCUCAGCGCUGUACAGGAAGGUGGUGAAAGCACCUUUCCUGUGGCAGACAACCGUACAUAUGAAGAGCAGGCACUGGUACAGGAUGGAGUUGAUUUGACAGACACCCAGGAGACAUGUGCCAGAGGGAACAUAAGAAUAAAACCUACUGCUGGUACGGCUCUCCUCUGGUACAACCAUCUCUCUGAUGGUAGAGGUUGGAUGGGUGAGCUAGAUGAGUAUUCCCUGCAUGGCGACUGCCCAGUCAGGCGUGGGGUGAAGUGGAUGGCCAACAGUUGGGUAAAUGUGGACCCAGAUCACCAGCAGCAGGCCCGCUACCAGAGACUAGUUGCUCAAAGACAUCGAUCUAAGUCGGGCAUGGAGGAGCAUUACCAACCUCUCUCACACAGUGACCUCCAUCAGGAUCUAUAGCCGGGCCUUUUCAAUGACAAGACAAAGCGAACAUCAUUUUGCAUCUAUGAAGCCAGCGAGGCCUGACAGACCUUUUCAUAAUGUCAGAUGCUGUAGUUGAAAUGAAAAUUGCACAAAUGAUAGCAUCCCAGAUAUUGUCUCCUUUUAGUAAAUGUGUCCUGCUUUAUAUUAUGUCUCUCAAGCCACUGCUUGGAUAUCCACAUUUACUUAUUUCAUUACGAAAGUUUGGUGAAUUUUAAUAUAGAUUUUGAUAUAGACUUGUGGUGGUCAGAAUACAUUGCUUCGUCACAAUUAAUUUAAAAAUACAUAAACAACAAAUACAUAUGAACGAAACUUUUUAAAAUGUACUGCUAACCUCUCUAAAAUUGCGCCUUAAAUCAAAUAUCACUUGUUCACAAUAACGGAUAUUUAUAGAUACCGUGAUGUGAGCUGAAAAAAAGAUGCAGUCAUGUCUAAGAGAUGAGCCUGAUUACCUGCCAUCCAUUUAGGUUUACUCGGCAACUGCCCCCAUCGCAGCUCACUGUUAUUUAUUGUUAUAGAAUUAAAACCUUUUGUUACAAGCCAUAUCACAAUAUUCAUCUGUGAAUGUGUUCCUGAGGGAGAUCUUUGUGAGAUAAUUUAUGUCUGUUCUGUUCUUUAGUUUCCAGAGUUUAAUGAGCUUUUAUUAUAAAAUGUUAAUUAUUAAGGGUUUGCCACAUCGACUGCAAAUGACUGUUCUUGACCGGACAAAAUGAUCGCUUGUCACACUGGCUGUGGGAGGCAAGUCUUUCAGGUGUAAUUCAACUUAGAGCUUUUAUAUUCCAACUGUUGUGUUUCUUCUCACAACUCAAAAAUAUUUAUUUGUUUGAGAGUAUUUAUUUGAGUGUUAUUUAUUACCACGAUUUAAGUUAAAGGAAUGCAUAUUUAUUACAGCUUGAUGUUGCACUGAAUCUGUUACUGUAUUUGAAUGUAUUUGUUCUAUGUUAUGAAACAUAAAGCGAUGUUUUACUA